GCCUUACUUAAGCACUGAUUCAUCUGCCCAACUGUUUGUGUCCUACGGUCAGGAGCUCUGUGUCUCUUCUGUCAGCCCACAACGGACUUGAUUUCUCUUGCUCAAUGCAGUCUAGAACAAGUCGCGGUACAGCGACUACUAAAACUGCAGUAAAUUUGGAUGACUCCCGAGCCAGAUUCCAGAUCGAGCUGGAAUUCGUACAGUGUUUAGCCAACCCGAAUUAUCUCAAUUUUCUAGCCCAACAAGGAUGCUUUGAGAAGCCGGCGUUCAUUAAUUAUCUGAGUUAUCUCAGGUACUGGAAAGAGCCUGCUUAUUCUAGAUACCUUCUGUAUCCUUAUUGCUUACACAUGCUAGAUCUGUUGCAGUCAGCGGAAUUUCGUUCGGAGCUUGCCCGGGGUCAAGUCUGUCGAUAUCUAGAUGAUCAAAUCCUCUUACACUGGCAACACUACAUGCGCAAACGUGCUUUUCUGCUGGCAAAACACGUAGAGGAUCUGGCCGGAGCUACUUCGGUUUCUGCUUCUACAGCCGGUGGCACAGAGCCCCAUGCAAUCACCGCAUCCUCUACCACUUGAAUUCAGUCUAGUUCACAUAUCCCGCAACUUGCUGACUUGUGAUUCGGUGUUGCUCAUUUAAUCACCCCCGAUGUCCGUUCUUAAAUGCUUUAAUAUCUUCGGAGCUCUGUAUUUUUUCGAUUUAUGGAUUGUCGUUGUCGAAACUUGUUUAUAUCCCCCGACAUUCUCCCUCUUCCCUCUUCGGCCGAACUGCUUCAGUGGUAUCGUUUACUAAAUUUUGUAGCCUCUGUUGCCUGCCUACACCAUCAUUUUUUCUCAGGCGAGUUACCUCUCCCACUCAUGACUAUGGAGUCUGUGCGCCAACUGAGUAGUGAAUCACUUCUGGUCAGAGCCCUGUUUUGUCCACCUUAGUCGUUCGUCUCGAAGUCUUUCGUUGUUCACUGACGUAAAAUAUUAGUUCACUUUACCACUUAGUUUACUUCGUUUUACUUAUCACGUUACUUUAUUGUAAUGUAACGGAACGGCCAGAGACAGACCAGUAAGUGAGGAAUCAAGUUUUUUUAAUCA